AUGGGAGACCACGUCCUAUUUUUCUACGGAACCCUGAUGGCCCCGCAAAUACUCCACAGAGUCAUCCACGGCCGCCCGGACCCAGAACCCUGGCAAAAGGCCAUGCUCUCGUUCAAGCCCGCCAUCCUCCACGGCUACCGCCGGCACCGCGUCCGCGGAGCCGAUUACCCUGGCAUCGUGCCCUGCCCGAGUAAUGAUAAAGGUUCAACAGAAGAAUCCGGCAGCGCCUCCGUACUGGGGACUGUCGUCUCGGGGCUGACGGACGGGGACGUGCACCGGUUGGAUGUCUUCGAGGGGUCGGAGUAUGUUAAAGAGAGGGUGAGGGUGCGGGUGCUGGCGGAGUCGUUGAGUGUGGGAGGGCGGCAGGAGGCGAGCAUUGCGAAGAACCCGGACCGGCACUUGAAGGAUGUGCUUGAUGCGGCCGGAGCGGAGUUUGCGGAUGAGAGGGAGGAGGUGGAGGCUUUGACGUAUGUUUAUGUGGCUGGGCAGGAUCGACUGGAGGAUGCGGAGUGGGACUUCGAGGCCUUCAAGAGGGAUAAGAUGGCGUGGUGGGUUGAUGCGGAUGAAAGCGAGUGGUGA